AUGGCUGCCACUUCUGAACCUUUGACAGGCACCUCACUGCCCUUCAAACCACAGAUACCCAUAACUCCUCCGCCGGACUGUUUGGAUUUUGCAAUCAAGACACCCCAGCUCUCGACGAAGCCGACUACUCUGAACAGACAGGUACCGGCGGCAAUGGACUCGAAGAUCAAGAACACCGAACCACAAAUCAAAACAUCUGCCACAUGUGUCACACCGUCCACGGAUUCCACACAACCCUCAUCAGCAUCAAGUCACUGUCCAAACCUCGGAAGCAGCAGUAGCGCCACCCCCACAAACGCGGCCACGACUUCAUCGACCCCUAACAUGGAUCCGCGAUACCUUGCCCUGAUCUCACGCAUCGCAGCAUAUUAUCAGCAGCGGUCACAGGCCAUCGCCAACUACCAGCAUCAAAAGUGUCAAGCCUGGGCCAACCUACAGCGGGCCAAGUGCCAGGAGAUGACACAGGCCGCCAUGCUUGUCGUGGCCUGGUACGUGCGCGACCGGAUCCAGCGGCGCCGCAAGAGGGAGAAGCGUCAGUUCCGGAGGGGUCUUUCUGAGCGCUCGGCGGCGACGGCACCGACCCCGGCCGGGGUGAGCAAGAAGAAACGGGUUGAGGCCACGGUCGACAAAUGGAUCGGCCAAUUGCCCAAGGACGUCCUGCCCUCGCCCAAUACUGCUGCCUUGGAUAAGCCAAUCGAUACAGACGAGCUCGGCUUCUCGAUAGACGCGGAGCCCAGUACCACUGACGGUGACGACAAACUGUUUGCCGUCGCGGACGGAAUGAUCAAGAGUCAAUUAGCAAGGAUCGAAGUACCCUUGCUGGGCGCCUUGGAUUUCGCGGCGGACGAGGAUGAGAGCGAUAGUGGGAGCGACUAUGAGGAGGUGAGGCGGUGGAGGCCAGGCGGCGAGGAUGUCGGGGACUUAAGGGGUGUUGCAGAGCAGGACGACGACGACGAAGACGAGGAUGACUAUUCGUAUGAAUACGAUGAUGAUGACGAUGACGAUAUGGAGGAUCUCACUGGUGAGGUUGCCUCAAAGUAA